AGGUCUUUGGCACCGCCUUCAAAUCCUGAAGCGCAUAAAGGCGCACCCGUCUUCCCACAAAUUGAAAAGAACGAGCAAGACAUUAACAAUCCACGAAGGGGGGACACUGAAGAACCGUGCCCAUCGACAAGCGCAGCUCGCCUGAUUCACCGGACAGCCAAUCCCCGCAGCAGCAUCACAGCCGCUUCGCUAAGCCGAUCAGCUCAGAAUUAAAGCAGGGCACUCACAGAGGAGCAAUAACAAGACAGGAGACGCUGAUCCUCUAUUUCACUUCUGCUGCUGAGUCGAAGAAAAAAAACGUCGCCAAGAUGAUGAUGCAGCUACACACAGACACACACAACCAAAAGAACUCCCUCUUCACCGCCAUGAACCGCUUCCUCGGCGCCGUGAACAACAUGGACCAGACCGUCAUGGUACCCAGUCUGCUGCGGGACGUCCCGCUGGACGAGGACCGGGAGCUGAGCUCCAUGAAGUCGGACAUGGACGAGGGGGACAUGUACAGCUACUACCAGCUGCUCAAGUCCAUCCGCACGGACAUGGAGUGGGGCGUGCGGUGCGCCACGGCCGAGGAGAGGCGACAGGAGACCAUGAAGAUCAGCCGCAUGAACUCCACGACGUCCACCUACUCCUCCGCCUCCUCCUCAUCCUCAUCCUCGUCGUCGUACGAGGAGGACGAAGAGGACGAGGACGAGGAUCUGGAGAAGCAGUUCCAGUACCACCUCACCGGGCUGCAGGGUGUCCUCUCCAAGCUCACGCAGCAGGCCGACUCCCUCACCAAGCGCUACAAGAAGGAGAUUGGUAUCGGAGGAUGGGGCCAGUAACAGAAACUGAGUGAAAACCCCUUUUUAAAUUCUUGGACUGGCUGAGCGGACUUAUCAAUAGGCCUUAUUGCUGCUGCCAUAACUUCUGAUUACAUGUACUGACAAAUAGAAACGACUGGUAGAGAACGGGGGCAGUUUAUUCCUCUCUACCAGCCCACAUGGUGUUGGUCUGCUCUGUGGUAUAUGGACUGUCGAUGUGUUGAUCUUGAAGAAAGCAUCUUGUGUACUCAACACCCAACCCCUUAAUGUAUUGCACUCUGCGUGUUGUGCACAUGAUGCCUUUCAGUUCUUGUGAUUCGCAGAUGAAACACAUAUUUAAACCAUUUUAUUUAAUGUAUUAUUUAUUACCUUACACUGGAGCCAUGUUUGAGAGCCAGAUGUCAUUUCAAAGUUGGAGGACCAUUCAUUUUAGCCACCCCUCUAUCUCUCUCCCACUCUCUCUCUCUCUGUGUGUGUAGUGAGGGGAUACAGACAAAAGACUCAGCUUCCUCCACUGUGGAGCUGAUGAUGUCAGUGUGUUCACAUGUAUUUGUGCUUCUCCAAAUUUAAUGCAUCUGUUUCUUUAAAUUGUGCUUCGCAUGGAAGGAGGCAUAUGCUUACGCUACUGCGGCUGCCUGUGAUCUCCCACUGUCCUACAUGGUCAAUGAACUGGAAUCAACUGAUAAUUCUUUUAGCACAAGAAUAAUGAAGAGUUUCCACGAGAUGCAAUGUUGUUAUUGUCAUUUAUGUUAUCAUUACUGAGGUAUUACCGGAUAUGUCCAUCUGUCGGAGUGAGUGAACGUUUUUGUAUGCACCUUCUGCGACAAUUUUGUACUGAAAAUAUUAGUUUUUACAAAAUAAAACUUUUAUUUAAACAUA